GAAACUUCUUCUUCUCUCGAUAUGGAUUUUAUUUCCGGUUGUAAACAUGAUUGUGGCUGCAGUGUCACCUGCUGUCUGAUAUACUGAACUACAACAAGAAAAACUUCUCACAGGACACGUCUUGAUAAUGUAAGUGGAAAUGAGAAGAUUUACUCAGACAACAUCACUCGCAUUUUGGAUAGACUUUUGGAUGGUUAUGACAACAGACUCCGACCUGGAUCUGGAGGUGGUGUUACCGAGGUGAAAACAGACAUCUUUGUCACCAGCUUUGGACCUGUUUCAGAUGUUGAGAUGGAGUACACUAUGGACAUGUUCUUCCGUCAGAUGUGGGUUGAUGAACGUCUGAAGUUUGAGGGCCCCACUGAAAUCCUGCGGCUGAACAACCUUAUGGUGGACAAGAUCUGGACCCCAGAUACUUUCUUCAGAAACUCCAAGAAGUCCAUUUCCCAUAACAUGACCACACCAAACAAGCUCUUCCGCAUCAUGCAAAAUGGGACUGUCCUCUACACUAUGAGACUUACAAUCAGUGCAGAGUGUCCGAUGAGGCUGAUGGACUUCCCCAUGGACGGCCACUCCUGUCCUCUCAGGUUUGGAAGCUAUGCCUACACGAGCAGUGAGAUUAUGUUCACCUGGAGGAAGGGGCCAAUAGCAUCUGUCGAUUGUCCCAAGGAGUCCAUGAGUCUUCUGCAGUAUGAUCUCGUGGGACAGACUCUGUCCAGUGAGAUAUUCAAAUCAAAUACAGGUCACUACUCUGUGCAGGUGGUCCAUUUCCACCUCCAGAGGAAGCUCGGCUACUACCUCAUACAGACCUACAUCCCCCUCAUAAUGGUUGUCGUGCUGUCACAAGUCUCUUUUUGGAUUAACAAGGAGUCUGUUCCUGCACGUACAGUUGCUGGCAUCACCACAGUGCUAACAAUGACCACCUUGAGCAUCAGCGCCCGUCAGUCACUUCCCAAAGUGGCCUACGCCACCGCCAUGGAUUGGUUCAUCGCUGUGUGUUUUGCCUUUGUGGCAUCCGCUCUCGUCGAGUUUGCAGCGGUAAACUACUUUGCCACCCUCCAGGCCAACCGUCUGAAGAAACAAAAAGCCAGACAGGACAAGCUAGAGGUGUUGGCUACGGGCAGUGACGAUGACGACACGGUUUCGUCGGACAGUAGCCCUCGGGAAGGCCUGAAGAGGAGAAACCACUCAGUGUGCCACAGUGAGCCAGGAGAUGCUCCGCCACUGCCGAUCUUCCUCCAGCAGGGUUCAGCUUUCCCUCAGAUCCCGCAGCUGGCCGGCACCAGCCCCAUCGACAAGUACGCCCGCGUUCUCUUUCCCCUGGCCUUCGCGCUCUUCAACCUCGUCUACUGGUACAUCUACCUGGCCAAGGACACCAUGGAGAGGGCCAGGGACGCGGAUCUCAAAAACUAAAGAGGGACCUGGAAACGGGCACGUGCAGCUGGAGAAACCUUCAUCAUCCAGCCAGCCCAGCUUCACCUCACCCUCCUCUCUCUCUCUCUCUCUCUCCCUCUCUCUUUCUCUGUGAACAAGCUCUCAGCAUUCACUCUGCUCUCAUCUGACAGAGGAAAUGAAUCAGAAACUCAUUUAUUCUCCUGCCGCACAUCUAUUCAUUUCACAGGCUGUGACCACUGCCCACUUGUGUUCUGAUCAGUAGCUGAAGAGCUGCCCUUCACAGGCCUCAAUCACUUUAAACCCUGCCACGUACACACACACACACACACAACAACAACAACAACAACAACCACCAACUUCCCCCGGACCCAGGACAGACACCACACACAUACGGUGUACGCAUGACACACACUUAAGACGCGCGCACACAAACCCCAAGAAACACAUCAAAUAGAAGUGGAUGAUAUAAUCUAUGAUGGCUGUAACUGGUGGUGAUGCAACAGUGAACCAAUGCUUUCAGAAGCCUGCCCUCUACAGAAGCACAGCUCCCACUACAACAAGAUCAAAGGCAAUUUAGAGGAGUCUCGCAUCCCUCCUCGCGGCUUCAAAAAAAAUGUACUCAAACCUGAGAAAAUGAAUUGUGGGAUUGUGUUUUUCCAUCCCACCUUUCUGCUGUGGCGCUCUGACCCCUCCCCGCCACCCUCUUUUUUUUUUUUUUUUUGGAGAUCCCACUGCAGGUCCUCUGGAAAACAUCUCAAAGAGGAGUGGGAUAUAAUACCCAUGGGUGUUGCAGACAUUUUCUAUCUUUGUAUAGGUGAUGCGUGAUUGUUAGGGCGCAGAUGUUUGUAUGUGAAGUGUCCACCUGUGAUGGAUGGAGUGUUGUUCUCUUUGUAGCCGUCUAAUAACAUGAAGAACAGGAGAAAUAAACUUGCACUCAACUUGACUACCUGAUCAUUUUCACGCUAGGGUGCAUCCAGCUGUUUGACCUUGUCAGGGUGUAUACAAACUUCAUCUGCCAUGUAACAAACACACGACAAUAAAAACACGAGUUUAGAAUUAA